UAACAACACAGUAAAUGUACAAGAGGGACAACUAGUUACUAAAGCUAGCGCUGUGAUUGGAGCGUUUCGCUUCCGCAGCUGCGCAGACACGGAUAACCUAACUGGAGCUGUCAUCUGGAAAGGGAGGAGAGGAACAGAGAGAAGAACGAAAUAAACGCAGCGAGGACGCGAACACUCAAGAAAGAGUCAGAAGCUGUCUUCCUGGUGAAGCCAUAUGAUUGGCUGAUGCAGAACUCCUCUGUCUGUGAUUGGUCAUCGAGGGUAGACGCUGUGAUUGGCUGAGAAGUCCAAAACAUGGACCCACACCAUCCUGGGGUUACCAACAAUCCUUAGCUCUACAGUAGGAACCUCAGUGUUCCGUACGGUGUUGUCUAGCUACUGUCUCCGGGGGCAACCCUGACAGUUACAAUCCUCAACAUACUUUUCUCUUUACUGACCUGUGACCUCUGACCUCUAACCCCUGGUCCAGGACUGACCUCCUGUCAGGUAACACACACACAUGCUCCCUCACUGUUCUCUCUCUCUCCAGGAGGCCACGCCUCUUCGGUGAGGAUGUCAAUAGACGUGGCCAAUAGGAACGGCCCUGCCCUGACUCCUCCCGCCUCACUCAGCCUUCGCUCCUCCCACAAUCGUGAUGUCAGUGGCGGUGAUGUCACCAGGCUGGGUUGGGCCACGUUUCCUAAGUGUCGUAAGAAGUAUUGUCUGACCAGCAUCCAGAAUGCAAUGGGGCUGAGUGAUGUAACUCUUCCUCCGUCGUCGUCGACUCCCAACAACCCCAAACUGGCCAAGAACGGGCUGAACGUCCUGUGCCAAGCAGCCGAACCACAUGGACAACAUGACCACAACCAGAACACAACCCCUGACCCCGACUCAACCACAGCCGAACCACAUGGACAACAUGACCACAACAAGAACACAACCCCUGACCCCUACUCAACCACAGCCGAACCACAUGGACAACAUGACCACAACAAGAACACAACCCCUGACCCCGACUCAACCACAGCCGAACCACAUGGACAACAUGACCACAACAAGAACACAACCCCUGACCCCGACUCAACCACAGCCGAACCACAUGGACAACAUGACCACAACCAGAACACAACGCCUGACCCAGACUCAACCACAGACGACUGCAAUACAAACAAAACAACCGUCAAUGAGGACAUCCUCACCAAGAUGAACCUCGACCCCGACACCAAGACACAUCUGGAUCUGAAUACUAACGUGAACUCAGACCUGGAUCUGAAAACUAACGUGAACUCAGACCUGGAUCUGAAUACUAAUGUGAACUCAGACCUGGACCUGAAUACUAACGUGAACUCAGACCUGGAUCUGAAAACUAACGUGAACUCAGACCUGGAUCUGAAUACUAACGUGAACUCAGACCUGGAAAGCAUCACGAACGUGACAGACGACGGGGAUGACAUCAGCAUCCUGUCUGACAAGGAAGAGGAGGACGAAGAGGAGAGGAUAGAGGAGGACGAGGAGGAGAGGAUAAAGGAGGAGAGGGGAAAGAGGAGGAGAGUAGUAUAGAUGAGGAGAGG